AUGAUUUACAGAGGCGUGCGUGGAAAACCUCAGGCCGAAAAUAUUGCGGCUGUCGGAGGCGCUACAAUGGCCGCGUCACUUCUGCACAACCCUCGUCACGAAGAUGAAACGGCACUGGGCUCCGACGGUCAUUUGACAAUGGCCGGUCAUGAAGGAGACGCCCUUUUGCGGCAGGCCUAG